UUCAAAAAAUGUUAAAUAUUUGGGUGUAUCUUUUUUUAAACAAAAAUUUCAAGAAAUACAAUUGAAGAAUGUUGUGAUUAUUUGAGAAAUUUGAAUAAUUGAUCAUUUAUCAAUUCACCAAGUGUGUAAACAGCAAAACUACCAUGGAUUUAAACAUAACCUCUUUUGAAGGAUUGAUGCCCCAUAUUCAAGCGCUUAUCGCGCCACCGACCUCUGAAGAGGCCAAGACAAACAAGGUUAAGAAAGAAAAGGGAGACAAAAAACACGCAUAUUUUAAACGUCCAGGUCGGGGACAUAAUCGAGAUUCUUGUGAUGCAUGUGAUGAUGGUGGAGAGUUGAUAUGUUGCGAUAGGUGUCCAGCUUCAUUUCACCUGCAGUGUCAUGACCCACCUUUGGAUCCAAAUGAAAUUCCACAAGGAGAAUGGAUUUGUCAUGCCUGUCGAAAUAGUACAAAAAAAGAACCGGCUGUAAGCAAAAAAAGAAAAAGAAAAUCCGCCCUGGAAGUAUUAGCUUUUGCUGCAUCGCUAGUGAAUCCUAAAGAAUUCGAUUUGCCACGAGAAUUACAACUUCCGAUUACAUUUCCUGGCACUGACAAGGCUGAUCUUGUUCCUAAUAAAAGAAGAAAACAGCAAGGUGUAAACAACAUUGGUCAAAGUCACUGUAUGGAAAAUGGAUCAAUUGUACCUUUGCCCGCUCGCUUGUGUUUUGAAUGUGGCCGAAGUUGUAGAAAAGCACCGUUGUUGGCAUGUGAUUACUGUCCCUUGUAUUUUCAUCAGGACUGCUUAGACCCGCCACUGACAGCUUUUCCUAGUGGACGCUGGAUGUGUCCAAAUCACGUUAACCACUUUUUAGAUCAGCAUCUCCUGAAUUCUUGUAGUGCAACCGAGCGUGUGAAGCUCUGGGAUCGAUUUGCAAAUCGUCAAAUAGACCAGCAUGCUGUUAAAUUGCAAUUUCUACGAAAAGCGCACACGGCCAAUCCGAUGUUUAGAAAAAAAGUUGAAUUUACAGACCGAUUGAGGGUGAAAGUGCCGUGCUCGAUAAAAUUUUACUAUGCAAAUCCGCCUGAACUGGGAUUCAUUCAUUCUUAUCGCUAUGGCGAUGCUCUGUAUCCCAUCAUGAAAAACAAUGAAAGCAGCGAUGAAAAUGUACAAAAUUCUAAGGUUAAAGAUACAGUGGAACCAAGUCCAGCAGAUCGAGAAAAGACAGUGUCAAAUUCUGUUGUUUCCGUGAAAAAGGAUGAUGAUAGUAUUUGCGGUAUUCGGGAAAAUGAGGAGACCGCGUCCAAAGGAACUGAAAUGAAUGUAACACAGAAGGAAGAAAAUGUUGGCAGCAUUACAUGUGAGGAAACGUCUUUUUCUGACAAGGACACCUUUAGUGGAAAUAUAUUGAGCUGUCGAGCAGCAAAAGAAGGUGUUCAGCUUUUAGAAUGGCCUGUUGUCGAAGCUUUGGCUUUGCAAAGAUUAGAGCAAAUUUUAAAUCCGACAAAUGAAAGCUAUAAUUCAGUGAACCGUCAAUUGCGAGUCAGAGCAGUACUUUUUCCGUUAACUCACGUACCAGGUCCACCAGUUUUUAUGUCUUAUAAAACAUUCAUAGUUGGAACGGGACCCAACUGCGAUUUAUCGUUAAGUCGAUACGGAAAUUGUAGUUUUACAUCGUCUAAGCAUGCGAUCAUCUUUUUUGACCAGUGCACUAAAAGAUUUGAAUUGCUCAACUACAGUGAUCAUGGAACCGUAGUCGAUAAUAUAAUGUACUCAUGUGACUAUGCUAAGCGUCCACUGUCAGGCAACAAUAAAAAAUCCGAUUAUAGAGUCAAGGAGGACAGUACCGUGGAAGAAAUUAAGAAGAUUGCAUACAAAAAGGGAUCUACUGAUGCUGGACAUCCUCUCGAGCCGUCAAAACGAAUCGGCUGUAAAUGUGUUGAUAAUAAAUAUUCAAACUUGAGCGAGGUAUGUAACGAGGAAGGAUGGGAAGGAAGUGCUAUUAUUGACCAUGGUUCCACUGUGACAUUCGGAUGUAUUGCAUUUUUAUUCAGUAUGAUAGAUACGCACUGGGAUUGAUCCACAUUUGUCGCAACCAAUUAUCAGCCUAUUGUCUUGUGCUUUAUUGUACACUUUUGAAAAUUUAAAUAAAUCUUACGCCUGUUAGAUGUAUGUAUGUAAAUAUAA